UGUAGCUGUCUGCCUGAAGAUCAGCUCUCAGGGACUGAGAAUAACCUACUGACUGACGUCUAAACUCAGUUCUGAAGAAUAAUACCGUGCAGGGGAGUAACAAUGCAACUUUCACCGAGCCAAGAGCAAUUCCCCAAAAACUGUUCUCAGAUGGAGUUGUUGAAAAAUUGGAGUCCGUUUCUCCAAACUAUUUACCAAUAUUUCUGCAACGCCACCUAUCAACAGCAGGACCUCACCUGGAAUGACACUGUCCCAGAGGACUUCUUUAUGUCCAGAGAAGAACUGCUGUUCAAGUACCUGGGUCCGAGGAGAUCCACCUUUUUCACACCAGUCAGCAUCACUUAUCUCUGUAUCUUUGUGGUAGGUGCGCUUGGGAAUGCUUUAACCUGCACCGUUAUAGCGAAGCACAAGGUUAUGAGAACUCCCACCAAUUAUUACUUAUUCAGCCUGGCAAUUUCGGAUCUCCUAGUCCUGAUUUUGGGUAUGCCUUUAGAACUUUAUGAAAUGUGGAGGAACUACCCGUUUCUCCUGGGUAAGGCAGGCUGUCACUUUAAAACGUUCCUUUUUGAGACAGUUUGUUUUGCCUCAAUAUUAAACGUGACGGCCCUCAGUGUUGAGAGGUACAUCGCCGUUGUGCAUCCCCUUAAAGCGAAAUAUGUUGUUACCAGAACUCAUGCCAAACGUGUUAUCUUAACGGUCUGGGUGAUUUCCUUUUGUUCGGCUGUUCCCAACACUAGCCUCCAUGGCAUCUAUUACCUGAAUACACCAUUUGGGGAACACAUUGAAGAGUCCGCUAUCUGUGUGCUGAUAAAGCCAGCCUGGAUGUAUAAUCUCAUCAUUCAGAUCACCACGGUGCUUUUUUUCUUCGCCCCGAUGAUCACGAUAAGUAUAUUGUACUUACUGAUUGGGUUGCAAUUGAAACGAGAAAAGGCACUUUCCGAGUUCAAGCCUGGAAUCGGAAAUUGCAAUUACCAGACCGCUCGCAUGAAGCAAGAAAAGGCCAGGCGCGGCCAAAUCACCAAAAUGCUGUUUGUUCUGGUGAUUGUGUUUGGAAUCUGCUGGGCACCAUUUCACACAGAUCGAUUAAUGUGGAUUCUGAUAAACAACUGGACUGGAGAAUUGCACAGAUUGUAUCAGUAUGUACAUAUUGUCUCAGGUGUGUUUUUCUAUUUUAGCUCAGCAGUCAAUCCUAUCCUCUAUAAUCUCAUGUCUACUCGAUUCAGAGAGAUGUUUAAAGAAGUGAUGUGUAGGCGAAAAUUCCAAAGUUCCAAACCUAGAUGGUACUCUGCAAGCAUAACCAGGAUGACAACCCGUAGCACAGUGUUGGAAUCCAGUCCAUGUAAUGGAAUACCAUUGUCUGAUAUUGAAGACUACGAGUAGUAUCAUGAAUGUGGAAAUGUGGAUGAAAGUCUAACUUCAGUUAAUUCAUUAUGUUACAUUAUGGCUACAGUAGCAUGUUGUGGACUUUCUAAAUGGUUGAUUUUAUUCACACUGUACACCAUGAAUUUAAUUAUGAUGAAGUUAAAAAAGAGUUCUCAUGUACAAACCUGA